GUAUUAACGUAUCAACGUUAGAUAUUGUAUAAAAUAAGUAACAUUCUUGAAAUGAUCUUUCUUUAUCUUUUUAUAUCUUACGACCACGUUCUGUUUUAUUACCUUCGCGGUAUCUGUCUCAUUACACACUAUGCGCAGACAGCACAAGAGUUAAUAAACGCAAUCUUAGUCUAAUUUAACAUUUCAGUGAGUUUAGUCUCCGUUCAUUUGAAAAUGGAUAAUGAUAAAGAGCAAAUGGAGAGAAAAAAUAUGCCUUCUCUCGUUAUUAAAGGUAAAAAACAUCGUGAAAAUUGGUCUGGAAAAUUGGACUUCUUAAUGUCCUGUAUAUCAGUGUCGGUUGGCUUGGGUAAUAUCUGGAGGUUUCCAUUCAUUGCAUACGAAAAUGGUGGAGGAGUUUUCCUGGUACCAUACAUAAUUGUGUUAUUUCUUAUUGGUAAGCCAAUGUAUUACAUGGAAGCACUAAUGGGUCAAUUUGCCAGUAAAAGUUCUGUGAGAAUGUGGUCCGCUUGUCCAAUGUUUAUGGGAGUAGGUAUUGGCCAAUCAAUAGGGACAUUUGCAGUAUUGACAUACUAUUCAGCUUUAAUAGCGGUAACUAUUUAUUACUUCAUUGGAUCAUUUCAAUCGCCCUUGCCGUGGACAUAUUGUAGGGAAGAAUGGCUAAACUGCGUAGGUUCCAGUCUCUCAAACAGUGGAAAUUUUAGUUCAAGUGAAAAAUUACAAAGCAGCUCCGAGCUAUAUUUCAGUAAAACCGUGCUGAGAGAAUUGGAGGAUAUAACUGAUGGCAUUGGAAUUCCAAGCUGGCAGCUAACAUUAACUCUUUUGCUUUCAUGGAUAGUUACAUAUUUAAUCUUGAUCAAAGGUAUGCGAAGUUUGGGAAAAGUUGCAUAUUUUUUAGCAAUAUUCCCCUACGUACUCCUAAUAACUCUGCUGAUAAGAGCUGUGACUUUGGAAGGGGCUGUGGACGGAAUUAUAUAUUUUCUAAAGCCCGAGUGGAAUAAAUUACUUAAUAUGAAGGUGUGGAAGGAAGCAGUAGUACAGUGUUUCUUUUCUUUAGCUGUUUGUUUUGGACCGAUUGUUGCGUUUUCGUCACACAAUAAUUUCCGUUACAAUGUUUACAGAGAUGCUAUGAUUGUUACAACUUUGGACACAUUUACAUCUCUUGUGGCUGGCAUUACAAUUUUUGGAAUAUUGGGAAAUUUAGCACUUAACUUGAAUGCACCAAAUAUUGGAGAGGUGGUGCGAAGUGGCACUGGAUUAGCAUUUAUUUCAUAUCCUGAUGCGAUUGCCAAAUUCACAUUUGUACCUCAGCUUUUUUCGGUAUUAUUCUUUUUCAUGCUCUUUGUUCUGGGGAUCGGUACCAUAGCGGCACUACAAAGUGCUUUAAUAACUAUAAUCUGUGACCAAUUCAAAUUAAAAAGGUUCUGGCUUGCUUCACUUAUAUUAACGAUAAUCGAAUUUGGCAUUAGUAUCUUAUACGUGACGCCGGGUGGUCAAUGGAUUCUAAAUCUUGUGGACUACUUUGCUGGAACUUAUAUAGUGUUCUCUCUUGCAGUUUUCGAAAUACUCGGUAUAACAUGGUUUUACGGUCUUCGUAACUUCUGUGAUGACGUAGAAUUCAUGACGAACCGUAAAGUGUCAGUUUACUGGCGUCUUUGUUGGGCUGUAAUAACUCCAUUACUAUUGGCUGUCAUAUUUAUUUAUUCACUUGUGGUCAUGGAACCUAUAACAUAUGCGGGGUGGUCAUACCCCACUUCUGCCGAAAUUGCCGGAUGGGUAUUACUUUUAAUUGGAUUUCUUCAAUUUCCCUUGUGGGGUAUGUGGUACUUAUAUGUUCACAAAGAAGUCACCUUUAGAAGAACAAUAAAAAAAGCGAUGUCUCCUAGUCAAAAGUGGGGCCCAGCGGAUCCAAACCUACGUGUAGAAUGGAUGCAGCACAAAGAAUGCCUAAGACGUUUGCGGGAAGAAGAGAGAAAAGAAAAAGAACUUAGCAAGUUCAAGCAAAAUAUUUAUUAUCUAAUAGGCAUAUCGAAAUGAAGCUCAUAAAAGGCUAUAAAUAUAAGUUUUAUCUGUUCAUUCACUGUAAAUAUAUGUGUAUGUAUGUAUGUUCGUUUACGUUCACAUCGAUGCGACAUGUGUAUUAAGGUGGAGCGAUAAUGUAUGGAGAAAAAUUUUGUUUCUUGGUUUUUAACAGCAUAGCUAUAAAAAUUUGCCUUUUAAUAAAUAAAACAAACAUACAAAAUAUCAAAAAGCUGGCU